UGCCCGGCCGAGGAGGCCUCGAGCCCCGGGCGCAUGGCCGAGGGUGCGGGCACUGCGCAGGGGGCCCCAGUUGAGCCCCAGUGGGAUAGGCCUCACGUAAAGGUUGAGCGGCUCCAGGGUCCGCAGGGUUCCCUCCCUUUGGCCAUACGGAUCCCGCAGAGCUCCCCGAGCAUCCUGGGCAGGGUCGGCCCAGGAGGGGAUCGCGCUCUGGAGACCUCCAAGGCCUGGAGGAGCCGGCUCAGAUUGCCAUCCAGAAGGAGUCCAUCGGGGCAGCUCCAGGAGCACUGGGAGACACUGCAUGAGCUCUCUGCUGUAGUGGGAGAACUGGGGAUUCCAAUCCUGCUCACUGAGGACCACAGAGGAAACAGAGGUGAGAAUGUGAAACCAGCAGAGGAUGGAGCAGCAGUGAGCAGUGAGGCUGGAUGGCUUCUGAAGGAACUGGGGGGAAUGAAGCAGCUGAUCCGCAGACAGCCCUACCUACCUGCUCCUGGAAAGUGCAGUCUGGAUCCUGGCAGUUGCAAUAGCAAUUGUCCUUUCCACGUAUUACAGGGAGAGCCAGGAAAGGGCAGGGCACCAACUCUGUGCUACCAGGAAACCAGCAGAGAUGCUCCAGCAAACAGGGUGUGUAUAUUCAGUGAAUACACCCUACCUGGGCAACUGAGGUGGCUUGUAGAGGGAAGGCCUCUCUCCUUAGAGCAGCCAGCUUGGAAGGUGCCAGCAGCAGCGUAUGGGGGUGAUGUGCACAGUGCAGCCCUCUUGGGUGUGCAGAGGGCUGGUGACAGUGCUGCCACUGAAGGCCUUCAGGGACAUGGAGCUGGCCUGCUCUGGGAUCUGCAAGGUACAGGGUGUGGGCUCAGGACCCCAGGGACCAGGAUCCUGUCCAGCUGCAGGUCCCAGCACACUCUGGUCCUGCUGGGGUUGCUCUCCCUCAUGCUCUUUCUCUGUUUUAAAGGCAGCUUCUCUGUGAAGCGUUUUGGGACUCAGCUGAAAAGGGGUUGCUCCCCUCCUGAUGGAUACAAGCCGGUACCUACACAGGUACCCGUGGGCCCUUCCAGCCCCGCUCCAGCAGCAGGAGCCUUGUGGCUGGGGACCCAGUGCAGGCACCAAGGCCAUGGAGCCCUGCAAGCAUCCUCCCAUGGCGGUUCCCAUGGCAACUCCCUGGCUCACAGUCUCCCAGCCCACACAGCUGUAGCCGCAGGAUGGCUUUAGCCACAUGCAGCACCCACCAGCCCUGCGCCUGUGCCAGGGUCUUGUCACCUGCUGCCCUCUGCUCCCACCACUGCUGUCCCCUCCUGCCACCCAGCACCUCCUGUCCCUCCUCAAAGGAUCCAUCAUCUUGCUCCCUACUGCAGAGAGCUGCUCCAGGAAGUCCCCCCAACCAAAGCACCUUUCCCAGGGCCCUGCAAAGCCCUUAAUUCUCCUUUUCCUGCAGUCUAUCAUGCAGAAAACAAGGAAUAACUGGUAACAGGUGAGAGGAACAGCACUCACGGAGAAGAAGGAAGCUAAGCAGGACAAGUAGGUCUGUGUACAGGAGAGUUCCCUCCUCUGCACUUCAGCAGGUCCUGGCUCUGCACAUUCCGGGAUGGCCUGGCCAGGCAGAAGUCUGCUGGCCUGUGCCUGCAUCCAAGAUUUCCCUGGUUUUUGGUGCUGGUGCCCAGCUCCAGUCUCACGCUUCAAACUGCUGUAAAAAGGAAAGGCAACAGCUAAUAAUUUGCAGAGAAAAAGCCUUGCAACAAGACCUGAAGCUCAAUGUCAAAUAGACUGAGAGGCUACAAUGUGAGAAAGAGGAGAAAAUAGCAUGUAUGGGGAAGCCUUGCUCUGAGAGCCAGGGCAUGAGGAGGCUCAAGUCCCAGAGCUGGAGCAAGGCAGCUUAAAGUUAGGAGUAAAGACUUUCCACCACUUGAAACCUCCUAAAACCAUGCAUGGCUUUUGGGAAGAAGGAUUUAACCAAUCCCAGGUCCCCAGUCAGCCUUGGAAGUUGAGGGACAACAUCCUAAGGAAUAAAACAAGUGGAUGCACAGGUGGCAAUGGGCUACCAGGGCAGAGUCACCCCACAUCCUGCCGGGAAGGUGAGACUCAGCUGGGAAGGUCCAUCCGGGUCUCAUAAUACAUUCAGAAGGGAUCUGUGUAGAGGGUCUCAAUCAAAUUCAGGUGCUCUGGAAUGAGUGGGCAAGUCCCCAUGUGAAUAAAUACCUGGAUA